AGUGAGUCAAGAAAAUUUCGAGAUCGGAAGAAGCGACGUGUGUGUUAAUAUAAACAACCCACUCCAACUUCGACUCCAACCAAAUGCUGCGAACCGUUUCUUAACUUCUCCUUCAUAAAAUACCGCCAAGUUGUCUAGGCUAUUACUUAGAGCACUCCGGGUGCACAGGCCUCCAUACAGACCAAUUCUUUACUUCAAUCGUGCCACAAUGGCUACCAACAGUGGUCGUGGUAACCCCAUCAACGCGUCCGAAGGUCCAAGUAAGGUUGGCGAAGGCGCACCACCCCCAGUCUCUGCCGAUGUCAAGGGUGCUGUGAAAGAAGCUGCGGGACAGUCUGAUGGUCCUGGUGUGCAUGCCCAAGGCCAAGAUGCAGGUGCAGCACCAGCUGGUGCCAAGAUCAAGACGGAAAAGGAAUUAGAGAAGGAACGUAAAAAGGCUGAGAAAGCGGCCAAGUUUGAACAGAAGCAGGCCAGAGCUGCUGCACAUGCCCCUAAGAACAAGGAGAAGAAGACCAAGGCUCAGAAAGCCGAAGAAGAGGCCCUCCCCCCUUAUGUCGAAGAGACUCCCCUCGGCGAGAAGAAACGACUUCGAUCCCUCGACGACCCUCAGCUCAAAGCUUAUAACCCGAUCGCUGUUGAGAGUGCCUGGUACGAGUGGUGGGAGAAGUCAGGCUUCUUCAAGCCCGAAUUCACCCCUGAUGGCAAGGUGAAAGAGGAGGGAUCCUUCGUGAUCGUCAUACCACCCCCCAACGUGACAGGAGCCCUACAUAUGGGUCACGCUUUGGGUAAUUCUCUUCAGGAUGUCAUGAUCAGAUGGAACCGUAUGCAUGGCAAGACAACCUUAUGGCUACCUGGCUGUGAUCAUGCUGGUAUUAGCACCCAAAGCGUUGUCGAAAACAUGUUAUGGAGACGACAGGGUAAGACUCGACACGACCUUGGCCGUAAGAAGUUCGUAGAGACCGUUUGGGAAUGGAAAGAGGACUACCACAAGCGAAUCAACAAUGCACAACGUAAGAUGGGCGGCUCUACUGAUUGGAGCAGAGAGGCCUUCACAAUGGAUAAGAACCUGAGUGCGGCCGUAACGGAAACGUUCGUCAAGCUCCACGAGGAAGGGACCAUUUAUCGUGCGAAUCGCCUCGUUAACUGGUGCACGAAGCUCAACACGGCGCUUUCCAACCUAGAAGUCAUCAACAAGGAGUUGACCGGCAGAACGCUUCUUGACGUGCCCGGAUACGAUAAGAAGGUUGAAUUCGGAAUUAUCGUCCACUUCAAAUACCCCAUCGAGGGUACUGAUGAGACUAUUGAGGUGGCUACUACACGUCCUGAGACGAUGCUGGGUGAUACUGGCAUUGCCGUCCAUCCCAAGGACGAGCGAUACAAGCACCUUGUUGGCAAGAAUGCCAUUCACCCUUUCAUUCCUGGUCGCUUGCUGCCUAUUGUAGCAGAUGACUACGUUGACUUAGAAUUUGGUACCGGUGCUGUAAAGAUUACCCCAGCUCACGAUCCCAAUGAUUUUGCCCUAGGCCAGAGACAUAAGUUGGAGUUCAUCAACAUCUUAACAGAUGACGGUUUCAUGAACGAAAAUGCCGGUCCGUACAAGGGCCAGAAGCGAUUCGAUGUAAGGUAUUCUAUUCAGACUGAUCUCAAGGAGCGUGGACUAUAUGUGGAUAAGAAGGACAAUCCGAUGAAGGUCCCUCUUUGCGAGAAGUCGAAGGAUAUCAUCGAGCCCAUUAUGAAACCCCAGUGGUGGAUGAGAAUGAAGGAUCUAGCCGCCGAGGCGAUUAAGGUAGUCAAGAAUGGUGAUAUCAAGAUCAAGCCGGAGACAGCUGAAAAGAGCUACUACAGGUGGAUGGAAGAUAUUAAUGAUUGGUGUCUUUCGCGUCAACUCUGGUGGGGUCACCAAUGUCCUGUCUACUUCGCUAAGGUCGAGGGUGAGGCAGGCGAUCGGUCAGACGACAAGCAGUGGUUCUCCGGCCGAACCGAGGAAGAAGCCCGAGCAAAGGCUGAAAAAGCUUUGCCGGGCAAGAAGUUCACGUUGGAGCGCGACGAAGAUGUUUUAGAUACAUGGUUUUCUUCCGGAUUAUGGCCCUUCUCAACUCUUGGAUGGCCCAACAAGACCCAUGAUUUACAGACACUUUACCCGACUAGCAUCCUUGAAACAGGAUGGGACAUCUUGUUCUUCUGGAUUGCUAGAAUGAUUAUGCUCGGCCUGAAGAUGGUUGGAGAAAUUCCGUUCCGCGAGGUUUACUGUCACUCCCUUGUGCGAGAUUCGGAAGGAAGAAAGAUGUCUAAAUCUUUAGGUAAUGUCAUCGACCCCCUCGAUGUCAUUAGUGGAAUUCCCCUAGAACAGCUUCACGAGAAAUUAGCUCUCGGAAACCUGCAUCCCAGCGAAGUCGAGAAGGCCACGAAAUACCAAAAAACAGCUUUCCCAGAUGGCAUUCCUCAAUGUGGAGCCGAUGCUCUUCGGUUCUGCAUGAUCAACUACACCACUGGUGGAGGAGAUAUCAAUUUCGAUAUCAAAGUCAUGCACGGCUACCGAAAAUUCUGCAACAAAAUUUACCAGGCCACGAAAUUCGUGCUUGGUAAAUUAGACCAAGAUUUUGUUCCUCAGAAGACCGGAAAACUGACCGGAAAGGAAUCCCUUGCUGAAAAGUGGAUUCUCCAUAAAAUGAACAUAGCCGCUAAGGAGAUCAACGAGUCCAUCGCGGACCGAGAGUUUAACAAGUCAACGUUGACUGUCUAUCAAUACUGGUACAACCAUCUUUGCGACGUGUACAUAGAAAACUCGAAGGCCCUCAUCCAGGACGGCUCAGAAGAUGAGAAGCGCUCGGCUGUCGAUACUCUAUAUACAGCACUUGACAAUGCGUUAAGAUUAAUCCACCCGUUCAUGCCUUUCCUUACAGAAGAAUUGUGGCAGCGUCUUCCGCGUCGACCUGGCGACGAAACCCCGUCGAUCAUGCUCGCACGGUACCCCACUUUCGACCCAGAGUUGGACAACCCCGUAGCUGAGGCUGCUUACGAACUUGUCCAGGGCUGCUCUAAAGGUAUUCGGUCUUUGAUGGCUGAAUAUACUUUGAAGGACGAAGUCAAAGUCUUCAUCCAAACCUACGAUGAGACGGCACACGAAACCGCUGUCGAGCAGGUGCAGUCCAUCAAGUCGCUAGGCGGCAAGGCCGUUACAGACAUCGAGGUGAUCCCAGGCUCACAAGCCCGACCGGCGGGAUGCGUAGCAUUCCCAGUAUCGAGCUCCGCAGCAGUAUUCCUACACGUCAAGGGCCGCGUAGACAUCGACGACGAAAUCUCCAAGGCCAACAAGAAACUCGAAAAGACACGCCUCGCCAUCGCGAAGCAGUCGAAACUCCUCUCUGACCCGGGAUACCAGCAGAAGGUCUCGGCCGACAUCCAGGAGGUCGAAAAGAAGAGGCUUGCUGACUUCGAGUCUGAGGCCAAGGGCUUCGAGGGCACGAUUAAGCAGUUUGAGGCUCUGAAGUUGGAGUAGGCGUUCGCCUGGGAUAGGUUGAAGCUUUUCGAGGUUGAGUGAUGAGUCUGAUAUAGACCGAGGAGCAGACGAGCACCUACCUAAGGCACUAUAACUACCUAGGUAACUGACUUUCUUAGGUAGCUGUAGGUAGACGAAAGAAGAUUCCCAUAUUAAGAUAAGGCUUUAAUGAAUUAGCUUUUUUCAAAGUGAUAUGUAUAUAGGCUAGUUGGUGCAAG